AUGAAGGCCAUCCGGCGCUCCUUGAAGGGGGAGAAAGAUCCCAAGCAUCAUCACCACCAUAUCUCCAUCACUCCCAAGUCGGCGAUUGCCAUCCUGCCGCCAAAGAAGGUAAUCAAAGCGCUCUACGAUUACACCCCCGAACCCGGUACCACCCAAGAAUUGGCCUUUAGCAAGGGCGACUUCUUCCACGUUAUCAGCAGGGAGGACGAUUCAGACUGGUACGAGGCGUGCAAUCCACUCAUCCCUAGUGCCCGAGGGCUCGUUCCUGUCUCCUUCUUCGAGGUCAUCGGCAAAAACGAAAGGGAUAGUGGGGGGUCCGUGGAUCUACAUAAAAAGGACCACCACGAUUCUGGUUUCUCCGACCGCAGUCCCACCUCCGAUUCUUCUACAAACACCACCCGACAAGGCGCUUUCAGAAUGUCUGCCCUCGGAAAGGGCCAAGGCGCCAUGGUCUACGGCAUUGUCCAGUAUGACUUCCAGGCCGAGCGACCCGAUGAGUUGGAUGCGCGCGCGGGCGAGGCCAUCAUUGUUAUCGCCCAGUCCAACCCGGAGUGGUUUGUGGCCAAGCCGAUCGGUCGUCUCGGUGGCCCAGGCUUGAUCCCCGUCUCGUUCAUUGAAUUGCGCGAUAUGCAGAGUGGUCAGGCUGUGACUGAUCCACUGGAGGCGGUGCGCCGUGCUGGUGUGCCCAAGGUUGAGGAGUGGAAGAAGAUGACCGCAGAGUACAAGAAUAGCAGCAUCACGCUGGGUAAACUUGAACCCUCUGGCGGUGGCGUUUUCGCGGUGACUUCGGGCAUGGACAAGAUGUCUAUGGGCGGAUCGCACCAGAGCGCCAGCCACAUGAGUCAGAAUGGCAACACCUAUGGAUACCACCAGCGCAAUGCCAGCAAGGGUACUAUUGCCGGCCAAACCUCCAUGCAAGGCUAUCAACAGCCCCUCCUCGCGCCGGUCGCCGCUUCGAUCCCGCGAUACUGCUUCGAUAACGACAAAUACUGGUACAUUAUCGAGGCGAAGAUGGAGGACGGCCGGUGCUGGGAACUGUCGCGAUACUACCACGACUUUUACGAUUUCCAGAUCGCCCUACUCACUCAGUUUGAAGAUGAAGCUGGCAACCGUGGCCGCCCUCGCACCCUGCCUUUCAUGCCUGGCCCCGUCACCCACGUCACGGAUGCCAUCUCCAACGGCCGUCGCCAGAACCUCGACGAAUACAUCAAGAAGCUCCUCUCCAUGCCUCCACACAUUGCCCGCUGCCAACUAGUACGGCAGCUAUUCGCACCGCGUCAGGGCGACUUUGAAAUCGACCCCAGCGCUUUCGGCGAGGAGGCGCGCUAUUCGGAUCAAUCGCACCACUCCUCCUCUGGUCUGGAGCCUUCGCAAAGCGUGUCUCGCCAGUCUUCGCAGGCGCCAAUGAACGGCGGACCUGACCGCGCAUCGCAGCAACGCGCUCAAGGCGCCCCCGCCACAUAUGCCAAUGGCGGACCUCCCCCAAUGAACCGCCAACCUAGCUCCCUGACUCAGGUGUCGAGCACAUCCAACUCGAGCGCCAUGAAGGUCAAGGUGUUCUUCCAGGAUGACUUGAUUGCCAUUCGCAUUCCGAAUGGCGUCAGUCUGCAGCACCUCAAGGACAAGCUGUGCGAUCGACUUAAGAUUCAGGAAGAUAUCAUCGUGCAGUAUCGCGAUGAGGCUUCAGGGACUUACGUCGACUUGGUGUCAGAUCAAGAUCUGGAGAACGCGAUGCAGCGCAACACCAAGUUGACAUUGUUUGUCAACAUCGCAUAA